AUGGCGAGAACGGCUAUACGUGUUACUGUGUCUUGCGUGUUGAUGCUGCUGUUGGAAUUUGCAACGUCUAGCCCUCUCUUCCUCCAAGAGGGCCCCGCCUGCCCCUCGGGCAGCUGCCUCCGAGUGCGCCACUGCCCGGCUGCCCUGCUCGCCAUCCGCCAGCGCCGGCCGCUGCCCCCGCGCUGCGGCUUCUCCGGCCUGGAGGAGGUCGUCUGCUGCCCGGUGGCGGGGGCGGAGGAAGGGGACUCCAACGAUAUCCCCAGCGGCGACGCCUGGGCCUUCCCUGCGGCAGAGCGGCGGCCCAGCGAGGCAGCCUGCAGUUCUUACAAAGCCAUGCGGGAUGGUCUGGAAGACUACAUUCUACGUGGGAAACUGGCUGGUCCACAUGAAUUUCCACACAUGGUGUUUGUGGGUGAGUUCUCUGUUUGGCUGGCAGUACAAGGAGGGAAACCUGUUGUGUUGCAGGCGGCGCUGGGCUUCAACGUGCCCAACACGGAGGGCCUCAGCUGGCUGUGCGGAGGGACCCUCAUCAGCGACCAGUUCGUCCUCACCGCGGCCCACUGCUGCGCCAACAGGGUCACGGGAAGGCCAGUCACGGUGCGCCUGGGAGUGAACAACCUCACGGCGACACCAGACGGCGGAGACUACGGGAUCUCAGAGAUCGUGCUGCACCCCACCUACAGGAAGCGGCGGUCUUACAACGACAUAGCGCUGCUGAGGCUGGACAGGAGGGUGGAGUUCAGCGACGCCGUCUUCCCCGCCUGUCUCAACACGCAGGACGGAGACCCGCCGAGCUUCACUGCCGCCGGCUGGGGCGCCACGAACGCUGCCGGAACGCGACUGAGCUCUGUGCUUCUGAAGACCACCAUCUACCCACGUGCGUUAUCCCAAUGCCAAAAUGCCUACAAGGACAGAUUUCCACAAGGAAUGGACUCGUCAGUGAUCUGUGCUGGAGACCCGCAGGGGAAGACUGACACAUGUGUUGGCGACUCCGGCGCCCCUCUGGUGACUGGCAGCUCCGCCCCCUACACGGCGGUGGGCGUCACCAGCGUCGGUCCCCGGCCCUGCGGCGGCGCCCUGCCCGGCGUCUACACGCGCGUCUCCACACACCUCGGCUGGCUGGAGGGCCGCGUCUGGCCCUAGCCACUGGCCCUCCCUAGCGUCGCCUCGCCACUG